AUGACGAUAGCUGUACAACUUCUUCGACAAUGCUUUCAAAAUUUCCGUUUCUCAAAGGUGGAGAUUUCGAAACCGCAAAACUUAUCACAGCACAGCAAGCAUUCAUGCGCGCUUCGUCUUCUUAUCUGGUGUAUCUAUCGCUGGUCUCGUUCUUUACAAGUUCCAGAAGAACUGAAACUGAAACAAGAGGCAUCUUUUGAGUUGGAUAAAUUUCCAUCUGUGGAGUACCGCCAGUCUUCGGCUGGUCCAUACCUCACUUCCAUCGAGGAGCAGAGUGUCUUUUGCUUUACAAGUGUAUUCGAAGACUCCAACGAAGGAGUUUUUGAAACCACGGCUUCUAGUGACGAAAGUGAAAUUUCUCAAUAUAUCAGGAAGAUCGAAAGGUAUGACUUUCAAUCACUAUUGAGGAGCGAAGGCCGGCACUGUGCCCCAGAAUUUCCGCUCACCAAUGCAAAGGAGAAUCUUCGAGUAGCAGAGGGUACAAACACAAACAUUCGUGAACGAGUCCUCGUCGAUCUGCAAAAGAGCUAUGAACUGUAUACCAAGUUGUCCAAAAGAAGUGUCGAUGGUCCCAAUUUCAACGUCUUUGCCGUUCAGACGGAAGUUUGCCACAAGCGACAAUUGGUGGAAGAACGACUUUUGUGUACUCUAAAUGAAGCGCUUAUCUCCAGAGAGCACUAUGACUUUUUUUCUGGCUCGAUGCAAAAGCUUGUGGCCGGUGACCUUCUUCAUAUGCUUGAUUCCACGGUUUUCAUUCAUCCGAGGAAACGUGGAUACCGUGAUGUGAUCCUUGAAAUGCAACCGAAAUUGAACGACUGGGCUCUCUUAUGUGUUCUUGAAGAUAAAAUCCGCCGUCUUCAGUGUUUCUGGCAACAAAAGAAAGAAGAAGAACUUGUUAGGGAACUUGAAUGUACCAGAAUAUGGAACCCUAGAAGAUUUCCUCGCUGGGUCGCGUUCGAGGUCGAACAACAGCUCCAAAUUCGACCAGAACAGUUUAAGACUGUUAGUCAACUGCUUCAGAAACCUAAAGGAUCGUUGAUUCAGCUGAAUAUGGGCUCUGGGAGAACGAGAGUAAUGGUGCCAAUGCUGGUCCUAGAGAUCUGUCGCCAAAAGCGCAAGCUAGUGCGUAUCAAUGUACUGCCAUCCAUUCUACAAGAGGCACUUCUUUUUUUUCAGCAGUCCCUUGUUGCAAGCGUACAGCACACCAAACUUUUUACUCUCCCAUUCAACAGAGACAAUGUCCUGGACGAAUUUACGGUGAAGCUUAUGGAUGAAGAGUUGAGAUGCUGCCACAAGCAUGGUGGAUGUCUUGUUGUAACGCCACACGAUCGAAACUCUCUUCUGCUGAAGCAACAUGAAGUUCACAUUCAACUGAAGGGCCUGCCAGAAGUAGACAUUAUUGAUUUAUUCGACGAAAGCGAUGCGAUUCUGGAGCCUAAGUUCCAGCUCGUGUACGCCAUGGGCAAAAAGCAGAAUCUUCCAUCGUGCGCGAACCGAUGUACUGUCUUCCAAUCACUGUUGAUUAUGUUGACUCGCGGAGAGUGCGCUACCUCGUCAGAUUUGUUAGAGGAUCCGGCGGCUUUCUACAAGAGCAAGAACGGAGCUGGCUUGUUCAACCAUUUUCGACUAUUGAAGCUUUCGGGAGAAGACAAAGAGAGACUUGGGAGGAAUCUUGCUGAGCAUUUUGUGCGGAAUCCGCCUUCUGGGUUUGAGUGGCUGGAAAUGGUCAACCGAGAACCAGACAUUCAGAUUCUUGUGAAGAUGAUCUCCGAUCCCACGUUGAAUACUUCAUUCUACAUCAUGUUUUAUCCUUUGUUCAGGCGUUUCAAAGACGACAUACUCGCAGCACGUGGGUUCGUAGCGUUUGGUAUUCUCCUACGUACCCUGGAGUCACGUUGGGGGGUGUCAUACGGUUUGCGCCAUCAGAAAGACUCUGAUACGCAAAUGGCAGUGCCAUAUUCUGCUAGCGAUACACCGAAGCAAAGAGCGGAGUUUAGUCAUCCUGACGUUGCUAUUGCCUACACAAAUCUUUCCCAUCUUUACGAAGGUCUCACAGUGGAGCAGUUCCGAAGAGCUAUUGACUUGCUAGAAGCCAAAGGAAUGAGUGUGAAAAUUUCAACUUAUGCUAUGUGGAUUGAGAAGGUUCGCCCUGACGUUCCAAUUGAGGAGUUCAAUCGAUUCGACAUGUACGAGAAAGUCGACCCUAGUAAUGUACCCCAAUUUGAGCUUAUGUAA